UACCACACUACCACCUCCUCUACCAAACCAACACCACCGCAAAACCAACAGCCAAAAUGAAGUUCACCAUUGCUACCAUUGCUGCCCUUGCCAGCGCCCUCACCGCCACCGCCGCCUCCCUCCCCGAGCGCUUCACUCUCGUCGCCGACGACAACAGCGCCGUCCUCACUGAUGGCCAGUACCUCUACGUCGGCAACGCCACCUCCGACAACCAAGUCCCCGUCAUCCUGACCUCUAACUCGGCCGGCGCUCUCACCUACCUGGCCGACGGCGCUGUCCCAACCGCCUUCCAGAACCUGUAUAUCGUCGAGAAGACCGUGCUGCCCGUGGAGUUCACCGUCCCGCACUCCGGCAACAUGCCCGAGGGCGCCAGCAUGACCGGCUUCGGCGUCAACGACGACGGCGAGCUGACCCACGGCGACAACGCCUACUUCGCCAUCGACGGCUACGGCGAAGCCGAGCAGAAGACCGUCUUCUGGUAUGGCGCUCACAGCUCUGAGUAUGCCAUUGCUUCGCUGAAGGUGAAGGCUGCUUGAGCGUGUACGAGCCUAUGGAAGGAGGGG